AUGAUCGAACAAGAUCAAGAAGCGGGAAUGACCCCGGCUAUUCCAAAUGAAGAACAACCUCUUCUACAGCCUCAACCUACCCCGGUAGUAGCUACUUGGAGUCCACCGAGAGGAUUUCUCUGGAUCCAACUUGCAAUAAUGUCAAAUGUCUUUCUUGCCGGAUUUGACGGAACAAUCACUGCCUCAACAUACGCCGUUAUCAGUUCAGAGUUCAACGCCGCUAACACCGCGUCGUGGCUGACAACCUCGUACCUUAUUACGAGCACGGCUUUCCAACCACUCUACGGUCGCUUUUCAGAUCUACUCGGUCGCCGAGCUUGUUUUUUUACAGCAACAAUUACAUUUUUCUCGGGCUGUUUAGGAUGUGCCAUGGCUAGAGAUGUGGUCUUUUUGAAUAUCAUGCGGGCAUUAACUGGUAUUGGUGGGGGUGGAUUGAUGACAAUGGCUACAAUCAUUAAUUCAGACCUAAUUCCAUUUCGCAAUCGCGGAAUGUACCAAGCUGUUCAGAACGGCGCAUACGGGUUCGGUGCAAUCUGCGGGGCAUCAUUUGGAGGAGCCAUCGUUGACACAAUUGGUUGGCGCUGGUGCUUCUUAGUCCAGGUCCCUGUAUCUCUGAUCGUGCUGGUACUGGGACACUUUGUGCUCAGGUUCCCUCCCAAGGAAAAUAUCGAGGGCAGCGAACAAAAAGGUCUCUGGCACCAAAUCGACGUGUCGGGAUCUAUUCUGCUCGUCCUGGCUCUCUCGACACAACUUAUUGGAUUAAGUCUUGGUGGUAAUGAGCUGCCCUGGACUAGUAUCUGGGUUAUUCUACCUCUAGUCGCCAGUAUCGUCUUUUUAGCUGGUUUCAUCACCAUCGAGGCGAAUACGAAAGCUGUCCCUCUUAUUCCCUUGAAGAUGCUACGCGGUCUACACCCCGUCUCGACCCAGAUUGCAAAUGUUUGUGUUGGAAUGGCUGCCUAUGCUUUCCUCUUUACGCUCCCGCUUUUCUUCCAGGUCAUUCUCAUGGAAACCCCCACGAAAGCCGGUGCCCGACUAGCUAUUCCUUCGCUAAUGACUCCACUCGGUGGCCUCAUAGCCGGAAUAGUAAUGUCUCGAUGGGGAAAGCUAGCUCAACUUGUCCGCGCCGGAGCAACACUAAUGUUCAUUGGAAACUUUCUCGUAACCUUCCUCGGCUUCGAUGACUCAGGCUGGAAAUACUUUGCAUAUAUCAUUCCCGCAAAUCUAGGACAAGGAAUCGUUUACCCUGGAAUCCUGUUCACAUUUCUUUCUGCAUUCGACCAUAACGACCACGCUGUCUCAGCUUCAACCGUCUACCUCAUUCGAUCCCUAGGCACAGUUUGGGGCGUCGCGAUCACUUCCGCAAUAGUUCAAAACACACUAUACUCAGGCCUACCGGAGGCCUUGAGUGGAUUGAUCGACGAAAUCCGUCACUCUGUCUCCGCAAUUCAUGAUCUACCGGCUGACAUCCAAAUGCCCGUGCGAAUGGUGUAUUACCAUGGUAUACAACUUUCCUUCGCAGCUUCAGCUGUAUUCGCACUCAUCGCAACAAUCGCUUCUCUUUUCACUCGUGGAAAGGGGCUCGAACGUGGUAGUGAAGCUUAA